AUGGUUCACUUCGAUGACCUUCGUCAGACGGCCUACAAUGCCGAGAAAGACCUGAACUCUUACCAGGCAAAGCAAGGCCGCGGUCGGAAGAGUGACUCAACUCUUGAGUCCGGUGUUGAUGAGAUGGUCGAUCAGCGAUUCCCUCAAUCAGGCGUCAAGUAUGGCCCUGGAUCAGCAGCCUCUGGCAGUGAUCACCGCAAGAUCCGCGAGGAUGAGGGAGGUACUCGGGAUGACCGUGGCAGACUACCUAGGGGAGAUCAGUUCCUAGGCCAGGGAGGCCCCGAGGAUAAACUCAAGAUCCAGUCCGAGAGACGGCCUGGCGACCAGGGUGCUCUGAACCUGCAGACCAUGAAGCACCAUGGAAUUGCGGACUAA